CAUUGUUAAAAAAAACUGACGUCAUCGUUUUAUUUAGUAGUAAAUUUUCAUUGAAAAAUAAGGAAUUUAAAUCCCUUAACUAAAAGUGAAUUGUUUUUAGUAUUUGAAUGAGAUUUCAAUCAUUAUAACAUUGAGCAAGUGCAAUAAUUUUGUGUAUAAAAUACAACAUUGUGCUGAUACCACCUACUACUUCCUCUUGGCCAUAGUAAUCUUGCCCGUCUACCUUUUCUUCAAAUUGUGGUCCUGGUUGGGCUUCGAGCUCUACAAAAACAACUAAAAUGAGCCAAUUCAACGAAAGCAAACUCAGCAACUUAAAACGCACCUUAACCUUGGACUUCAACCAAGCCAAGAAAAACUUGGCUUUUCCUCUAUCAACUGGAGAGGGUGGCAAUCUAUCUGAAGUCCUGUCUUCUCCAGACUUAAUGAAACUAAAAGUUGACACUCCAGAAUUGGAAAACAUGAUUUUGGACAAUCCUUUGCCUGGCACCCCAACCCCAAGUUUUCCUUUUCCAAAAAACGUCACAGCUGAACAAGAAAGAUUUGCAGGAGGUUUUGUUGAAGCCUUGAGCAACUUGCAUAAUAGCAACUCUCAACAAGGCUCUGAUAGUAAUACAAGCACCAUCUACAACGACUCUUUUAUGCCUCAAAUCAAAGAAGAGCCUCAAAUAGUGCCCAACAUGAGCAACAGCCCUCCAAUGUCUCCAGUUGAUAUGGAAUAUCAAGAAAGAAUGAAGCUGGAAAGGAAAAGGCAAAGAAAUCGGUUGGCAGCUUCCAAGUGCAGGUCCAGAAAACUGGAGAGGAUUUCCAAGUUGGAGGAUAAAGUGAAGCUGUUGAAAAAUGAAAAUGUUGAUCUUGGGUCUAUGGUAAAUCAGCUCAAGGAAACUGUGGGUUUGUUGAAGCUGGAAGUUAUUGAGCAUAAUAAAAGCGGUUGUCAGUUGAUGCUUUAUUGAAUUUUGUAUAUUAUAUUUUGUUGAGGUGCUAUAAGUAUUCUAUAAAAUAAUUAUUGUAUAAGGCAGAGUUACCUUUAUUAUUUAUAUUUUUUAUAUAUUAUUAUGAAAUUGAAACAAUAUUUAGUAGUUUAAGGUUUGUUGUACAUAAAAUAUAGAAUAAAGUAUUUUAUCUAGCA